AGGCUGGGAGACGGACACCCGUCCUUCUCCCCCUCAUCUCAAUAAACAUAUCGAUAUAUUCAUAUGUUUUCUAUUAUUUUAUCUACGAGAUCUGGCACGAUCGCGUACGGUAACAGUAGGGCGACUCCCACCAGACUAACUUGUGUGCGCCUGCACUUAGGGGCGGGCCGCCAUGGAAGUAAAUGAAGAAGGAAGAUAGGCAUGCCUGAUAGGAGGCUUGCCAUCGUAUCCUUCCACAGUUUAUUUAUUUACUCUUCCUUUGAUAAAAUGUCUGAAACGUAAGUUGAACUCAUUGUUUUCCCAAAAAAUUCGAAAUUUGAGAAAAAAAUGCUUGAAAAUCCAGAUUCUGUGGAAAAAUUUCCAGUAUUGGAUCCUCUGUAAGUGAUUUUGUAAUUUCAGAAAAAAAAAUUUAUUAAACAUUUUUUGAGAAAACGUUUUUCAGAAGUUUUUUUCAGAAAAAAGAAUGUACUCCUGUCCCUGCACUCUCUUUCAUCUUUAAUCCACGUGGCAAUGUUCUAUUUCCUAUUGGUCCAAUGGAGUAAAGCCGAUAAUCCAGUUCUCACACAUUUUCAGAUUUUCUGCCUGGUGAUUAUUGGAAUCGGAUUUUUGAUUAUCUUGAUCUUAAUAUUCAGUAUUUUUAAAUCCGAAAUGAAAAGUGACUCACAUGCAAGACGAUUCUUUCAUAUUUGGCCACUGGUACAUAUCGCCUUAUCCACCGCCUAUCAGCUCUUCACGCAAAUUGUGAUAUCUCAUUGGAAAACUUACCAGAUCCCAAUCCUCUACUCAUCCUAUGCAACUACCGUCUCUGUUUGCAUUCAUUUAGUUCUGCACUCCAUGGCGGUUUUUUGGAAAGUAUAAUUUUUCAUAAAAUUUAUUCAAAUGUUAUGUUGUUAUGCCAUUGGCAAUAUUCGACUUCAAUACUAAAAAAUCUUUG